ACGCAGAAAACUUGCAUUCAGCAGUUGAUUUUAUCAGCGUUUCAAACGCAAAGCGGCAAAUCGCAUUUAUACGCGUUUGAAAUUUUUUUUUUAACUCUUCCAGUUCCCAAUGCUCUCCAGAGCCUUUUUUUCAUCAUGAAAAGUGCAUGCAAAGCAUUUUCAAGGUACUCAGCUGGACAAAACACUGUACACAGGAUGUUCCUACCAAGCUUGUCACACAUUGUAAUGAACAAUUCACACCUCAGACCCUCCCACCCUUGGAAACAAAAGAUAUGUUAAUGACAAUUCACAUCUCAAAUUCCUCAUG